AAAUGCGGCUUAAGUUCAGCGCCAGUGUUACAGGAAGUUGUGGCUGCCAUGUUUAGCUGCUUUGUUGUAGAUCCCUCGUAGUGGGCUUCCUGCAGAUUUUAGCUCAAGUGUUGCAAUGGAUCCGAGCUGGAGUACGUUUAUAUUCCAACAGGCCAACGAGGCGUUGCAUCACCAGCAUCAGGUCGCUGGGAACAGCCUUUUACCUUUGCUGAAUUCUGGGACAGAACCACCUGAUCAGAAACCAGUGCUGCCCAUUCCCUUGGACCAGAAACCACCUGUGAGCGCUGCUGAACUUCUCAAAGACAAUGUGGCCAAUGCGGCCGUGGCAGGAGGAGGGACUCUGGUCGCUGUGGUCAAAAAGGAGCCCAAGUCAAAGACGCCCUUCAUAUGUGGUUACUGCAGCAAAGCUUUCCGAGACAGCUACCACUUGCGACGGCACGAGUCCUGCCACACCGGCAUUAAGAUGGUAUCACGGCCUAAAAAGACACAAAUGGCCCCCACCAUGGUGCCGCUAAUAUCCACUGUAACUCGGGAGAACAAUGGAAACCCUUCGUACAUUACUACGGUGGCGGGCCUCCUGUCCACAGCCACGACGUCAACGUCCGCAGGCACAGGCGUCAUGGCCUCCGUGCAGCACCAGCAUCAGCAAAGCGUCCCUAAGAAACCGCCCAAGCCGGUGAAAAAGAAUCACGGCUGUGACAUGUGCGGUAAGGCCUUCAGAGACGUGUAUCACCUCAACCGCCACAAACUGUCCCACUCAGACGAGAAGCCAUUUGAGUGUCCCAUCUGCCACCAGAGGUUCAAGAGGAAGGAUCGCAUGACGUACCACGUCCGCUCCCACGACGGAGGAGUUCACAAGCCUUACAUCUGCUCCGUCUGUGGGAAGGGCUUCUCCAGACCUGAUCACCUAAGCUGUCACGUCAAGCAUGUCCACUCCUCAGAGAGGCCGUUCAAGUGCCAAGUAACGGCUUGUACCUCUGCCUUCGCUACCAAAGACCGCCUGCGCUCCCACAUGAUCAGGCAUGAGGGCAAAGUGACCUGCAACAUCUGCGGCAAAAUGCUAAGCGCUGCCUACAUCACAAGUCACCUCAAGACGCAUGGCCAGGCCAGCUUCAGCAACCCCUGUAACAAUAAAGGCAUAAGUGACUGGCAGUGGAACCACUCAGGGCCACAAAAAGGUGAGUUGACGGUAGGAGAGAUUUUAAAUAACUCCUUCCAAGUCCUAAUUGACAACUCGCACAAAGAUGCCAAUAACGUUCACAACAACUCCACCACGACGACGUCGGCCACGGACUCCGCCGCCAUCACCUCGGCCCUGAACCGCAGCGUCAACGCCGGCAACGCCGUCACCAUCACCGCUCAGAUGAACAUCGCCACCAGCACGGUCAACAUCACAGCGCCGGUCAACCUGCAGCACCCCGUCACCAUCACCGGCCCCGUGAACCUGGCCUCUGUCAACAUCCCCACAACGGCACACAUGAACAUCGCCCACCCGGUAGCUAUCAGCACCCCCAUGCCCAUGAACAUCACCGGGCCGCUCAACAUCGCCAUGAGGCCAAUGGAAAGCAUGCCUUUUCUAUCGCAGGUUCUGCCAUCCCCCCCCCCCUGGUAGAGCUUCACUCGCUCAUGCAGCAGCUUGGAAUGUUUUAACUGCCUAAAAUCAGAUUAAAUGUUACUGAAAUGUUCCAAAAGAUGCACACGAUUAGCCAAAGUUGCUCCUAUCUGCAGUUAUGGUUCUCUUAUUCAUCAGUGUUUAUUCUGAGAUUAUUGUGUGGACAAAAGAAAUCACUCAAUUAAAUCUUUAUACUGUUUUAAACCACUUUAAACUUAAUCCUGACACAUUCAACACCCCAUUGUUUGAAAAAUCUUGUCACAAACGUGUAUUUUAAUCCAAGGUUGUAUUCUUUUUUGCAAAGAACGUGAUUCAACGAUAGGAAUCAGACUGCUGUCCAGUUUAUCCUAAAGGAUAAUAACAGUCUGGAGUCUGUGUUAGCCAAUCAGACAUCUCCUGCUACCUGAACGCAACAUCUAUCGAUGGAUGAUCACAUCCACAUGAGAAUUAGUUUAAUUUUGUUUACACAUCUCUUUCUGAUGCCACCAACUCCAUAUAGCUUUGCCUGGUUUCUACAGAACCAUCACUGCAUGUUUGGACACCUUUCACCUUCCGUACAGCUUUACUGAGCUUCUCUCUGUCGGUGUUUCACUGCUGGUUAAAAAUCAAACAUAUUUGCAGGUUAGUUUGAAUGAGUGAUGGAUGGGAAAUCUAUUAAAACAUAAUUUCCCUCCUCAGAAAGCUGGUCGGAUGAAAAUUCCUCCAGGAAAACCAGUUUUAAGUUAAGUAAAUAAAAUGUGUAAUCAUGUGAAAAGGCAGUUUGAACAUUUGCAGCUGCUGCAUGUUCGGAUUUUCUUUCUAUUUAUCCUGAUUAGAGCUUUUACAAACUUACGUAGUGUAUUGUACCUUAACAGAUAGUUGAGAUUGAGCCAACUCGUUGCAACAGUGUUCAGACACAAAUGCCGUAGGAACUUGAACCUUAGUAAAGCCUUUUAUUUUGUUUCUACUGAAUUCUUGUUAUUUCUAUUUUGCAACUGAGGGACACUAAAAGUCUCACAGAUCGGUUGAGAUGUGAGAGCCUUUUCUAAUGUAGGCACUGUGUAACAGCUCCAGGAAUGGAAACCAGUAGUUGGGAGUUGUUCCUACUUAAAGUUUUCCCCAUUUGUUAUUUUGCUGGACGUAUCAGUAUUGAUUAGCUGGUGGAUUUUGAUGCCUUUUUUCGUUUUAAAGAAGCUUCCAUUCUGAGGGAGGCUUGUUCCAUCGACUCCCUCCCAUUUGCGUGUGUGAAAGCUGCUGGAUUCCAGUCACUGCUGGAUAUGCCGCAGACGUUUGUAUGUAUUUCUAUCCGGACAUGACUGGAGGAGGUGUAACCAAAAGAAAAUGCCUCCUCCUGAAAGCGUGUCCUGUAGGUUUUUCUUUUUAAAAUGUUUUAGAUUUUAGGCGUCAUGGCUGACGAGUUUGUAACUGCACAGGUCGGAGACCUCCACAGUUUGACAUAGGAGUGGUCUUAAAUAUAACUUCUGUGGUUUGUAAGGUUGUUAAAAUCCUAUCACUGUCAGUUAGACUCAGGAAGGUUACUGAGAAUAGUCUUUUAAAAAGAUGUUGAACAUUAUUAUUAUUAUUUUUUUAUUUUUCUUUGUAAAUAUGAAACACUAUUUUAUUGCCUUUACCUACGGGAGAGCACACUUCUCCUUGCUUACCACAGGCUAGCAAUGCAAGAACUUCAUCAGCAUUAAUGUGGCCAUCCAUCCUGCAGAGGAAAAACAAGCAGACAAAAAAACAGGCCAGUCUCACUUUCGUUUUCUCAUCGGUCACAUAAAAAAAGGCCAAAAAAGCAACGAUUUGAUCCAGCAGGUGUUAUCUGUGAUGCUACACCUUUAGUUCUGAGCUCACGCCUGUCAGGACGGUAAAGUUACUGUCACGUAAUGGAAAGUUUCUUCAGAGAAACUUCAAUUAUGUCAGAUUAUGUUUUUUUUUUUUUUUUUUUUUUUCCUUAGAUGGGCUUUUUAUCUCUGCUGCAAGAUUGUGACUGUGAUCACAAACGACACGCCUCCACAGACACACCCCGAGUUUACCUGAAAACGCAGGAAGCUUAGAGGAAGCCGAUGCAUUUCAGUACAUUGUGAAAUCAUUGUUGAGAGAAUUUCCAGCCCAAAGUAAAAUUUUUUGUUUUUGUUUGCAGCUGAAAAUUGUGUUUUUACUUACAGAUAUCCCUCAAGUAACAGUUGACAGAGUCCACGGAGUGCCUUGCAAAAGUAUUCAACCACUUUUCACCUUUUUUUAUUCACUUGUUUUAUCACCUUGGAAGCAAUAACUCGGUUUGCUGCGUCUAAACCAGGGGUGUCAAACUCAAGUUGACCUAAAGUGGGCCAAACCAGUAAUAUAACAGCAUAAUCAUCAAGAAAUAAUAGAAGCUCCAUAUUUUUUCCUUUUAUUUUAGUGCAAAGAAAUGCAAGUACAUUAUAAUCAUGUUUACAUUUAACGAGCUAUACUUUUAAGUACGGUUCCAAGAAUAUUUUUAUCAUUUACACUCGAAUUACACGUUAAAGAUCACAAUGAAGCUACAGAAUCACAAAAUAUUUAAUGAUGUGUAUCUGGAACUGAAAAAUACAGAAUUUCACAUUAUGAUUAGAGUAACUAUCUAGAAGUAAUUUUAGAGGUACAUACCUGCACAUGUCCAUGUCUGUGUAGUAGUCCUGACCAGCUGAACUAUAAGAAAGAGAUGAAAAAGUUGCUUUUGAUUUAAACAUAAAAACCUCAUGUGGACAAAUUAGAAAUUAAAGUUACUUUUAUUAGAAAUUUGCUGUUCAGAUUGGAUUUUGUGGCGGGCCGGUUUGGUCCUUGGCCUUAUGUUUGACAUCCCUGAUCCUGAUCUAGACACAGAAUUUUUGCCCAUUUGUAAAGACAGAUGUUCUGCCGCAGUAUUUCAUGUUUAACUGAAACCUGGGAAAAAGUGAACAUUUCCCUGUUAAACUGCUGGAGGUUGGCUUUAGGAUGCUUCGGGUCUCUGCCUCGGCUACGGUGCAGGACGCCUUUAAAGUAGAAUUUCCUGCAAAGAUUUCCUCGUGUCUAGCAUAAUUUCCCUCAUCCUGCGGAUGGGAAACGUGCCAACAGCCUGAUGCCUUCACGGUGGAGAUCUCCUCACGAUGAGCUGUUGGGUUUGAUCAAGAAGUUAAAAUGUCAGUUAUAUUUCUAUGCAUCAAAAUAGAAAAACUGAAUACUUCUGCAAGGUACUGCAAGAUGUGCAUCUAUUCCAGUCGAGCAAAAGGACAAUGUGCAGGUAACGGGGUGAACGUGUCAACGAGUCUUUGAGAUCUCAGCCUCAGCAGUUCCUGCACCAGAGUUGAAUUUUAUGUAUCUGUACUUGUUUUUUUUAUAUAUAUAACUGAGGGCCCAUCUUCAGUUCAGACACUCGAAGCACUUGCAGAUAACUGUAGGCUGUGGACACUACAGCAGAGCGGUACUUAACAGCGGGCAUUUCAGUGUGAUGGACCGAGACGAUGAAUGCUGUAACUUCUAUAGUUCACCUGGCACAUCUGUGUUUCUUCAGCCCGCACCCCAACAUCGGUUAUGAAAUCUUAGGAAACGUAUUUCUUAUGUUUUUAUUUUUUUCUUGUAGAGGAUCCAGUGUAUCAUUUUUAGAAGGCCAGAGACUUUUCAUCCAAAAACAGAACACUAAAACAAGACGGUGGUGGUGUCAUUGGUCCUCGUCUGGGGGCUGUAAACAAGUGUGCCUGAAACACUUUGCAAGGCGCUUCCACGUGACGCUGCUGCUUCUUGUAGAUGAGCCAGUCAGGGAAAAGUCUGGUGAAGGAAGCCUUCAUCUGUCAGGCGAGAGCACAGGUGUGGCAACCGGUCUUAGCAGCUUUGUUUUCAAAAGCUAGUGAUUUACAUGUUUUCUACUUUAAGAACAACAUUGAAACUAUUUGUUUGACCUUUUUAUUUGAGCAAGCUCUUGUAAUGUGUUUUGUUUUUUGUUUUUUACCACAAGGUAUCUUUUUAAUUUGACUCCAACCAAAUGUGAAAAAGAAAGCAUUUGUUUGGCCAAAUAAUGAUUUAAAUAAAACUUCCUGCUGUGUGAAGUUUGUAUGAUGAAUUUGGCAGAUGUGAAGGCAAAUGAAUGUAUAUCUUUGUACAAACCAUUUAGUUCAGAGGACAUGUUAUUGUCACACAUGCAAGACUAAAAUAGCCUUUUUAUAAACCUUUUUGUAUUAGAACAUUAACAAUGGUAAUUUUUGUACAUACGAAGGUUAGGCUUUCUGAUUAGCAGAAAGGUAAAACAUUCCUACAUUUUUUAAAAAUGUAUGUCUAUUGAAAAUGAUUAUGAAAACAUGCGCUGUGUUUUAUGUGCCUUUCAUUUGGGUUUGUCAAAAUAAAGGAAAACAUGAAGCAUGA